AGCAUUUUUAUUUCCCUGUUGCGGCGAUCAGCACCCCCUCGGUGUAGGGCGUUCAUGGGCCUUGGUCAGCUUCAGGUUGGCCAUCUAGUCUGUACGUCCAGCACAUUUGUUGGUCCUUCGAGCCGGAUUUGCUGCAGCAGGGAAAUAGAGAUUAUUGAAGAUGCCUAUUACAAGGAGUAAAGGAAAAUUAGAGGAGCGCGGCCCGGAAGAAGCUCGAGACAUAUUACACGCAUCGACAUCCGCGUCCGCGUCCGCGAUCGCAACUGAACCGAAGGAACCAACUGAACCAGUAUCUACAAUCGCGGCCACGUUAGACCCGAGGCAAGAGCUUUCGACCGCGGCAUACGUUUCACCGACUACGCUCCGCCACAUAACGUACCACGCCCCCCCGCGUUCGCCGUCGCGUAUCCGGGAUGCGUCGCCUGCGCUCGGCAGUCUCUCGUCGUCCGCCGCGCAGACUGCACAGGUGCGCGCUCGUGCGCGCGCUCGCGUCAUCGAUCGGUCGCGUAUGGAUCUUCCGCUCCCCGCGCCCCCGCCCUCGCAUAGGGUCCCGUCGGUAGGCGGAUCGAUAAAGUCACGUGAGAAAGCGAUACUACGAGCUCGUGAAGAAGUAUUGAAGAUUAAAUUGGAACUUGCGGAACUCAAUUUAAGAAGAGCUCGUGAAGAAUCGGAAAAUGAAGACGAUUCAGAAGGAUCGACAAUCCCCGAACGGGAAGAAUAUGUUGAUACGUGGCUGAAAGAAACUAAUCGAGAACGGUCGGUCCCACCACCGCCGUCGCAGUUGAUAGAAGGAGCCCCUCUUCAGACGACUGAUCCCGUGAAUGACGGGCGAAAUCUUGUAUCAGCGCCGAAUGAGGGACAAACUGCAAUUGAAGAAGAGCCACCACUAAUCAACAUUGAAGAAGAAAAAGAGAAAAAAGAAACACAACGAAACGAAAGAAGAUCAAGAAGAAAGCUAGAUAUAUCAGAGCUAGCAUCGGCGAUAGCCCUCGCAGCCCGCGCCGGUCAAUCAACACCCGCGCCGCGGUAUAUAUCCGAAUUACCGUUAUUUUCGGGGGCUCACCACGAAUGGCUGUCAUAUCAAGCUGCUUACAACGAAUCAAGAAAUUAUUACAGUGAAGUUGAAAAUAUCGCAAGGCUCAGAAGAAGUCUAAGAGGGAGAGCACUCGAAGCAGUGAAUUCGUUAUUAAUUGCGAAUCCCAAGCCAGAUGAAGUGGUGAAGGCAUUGAAGACAAGAUUCGGCCGGCCCGACGCAAUCGCAAUUUCAGAGAUUGAAAAGUUGAGAAGUUUACCGCGCUGUAGUGAAGCCCCAAGAGAAAUAUGUGCCUUCGCGGGGAAGAUAAGAAACAGUGUGGCUACACUACAGGCAUUAGGAAAAGAACAAUAUAUGUUCAACCCGGAGUUAGUGCGUGUUAUCACCGACAAGUUACCAUCGAUUCUGAAGUUUAGAUGGUACGAGAAAUCGAGUCGGGACAAGAAAGAACCGGAUUUAGUUUGCUUCGCGAACUUCAUUGAUACAGAAGCGGAUUAUUGUAGCCAAUUUGCGCCGCCGGAACAUGUGGACAUGAACGAUAAAUUCAAACAACGUGCAGUUCAGAAAAUUCAUACUCAAGUGAUACAAACGGACAAACCAGUGUUAACGUGCCCGGUAUGUGAUAAAUCUCAUUUAGUUCAAAGUUGUGACGUUUUUAAAAAUUCCGAUAUAAACAAUAGAUGGGAACUCGCUAAAAAAUAUAAACUGUGUUUCAAAUGUUUACGUGUUCGAAAGUGGAAACAUUCGUGCAAAAUACAACAGUGCGGAGAACAGGGAUGCCGUGGCACACAUAAUAAACUAUUGCAUAACCCGCGAUCAGGAAUUAAAACAAUAACAGUGGAGACAAAUUCGGAAUGCGUAACUACGGCUCGUGCGGAAACAAAGGCAUGUACAUACCUGAAGGUGUUACCAGUGCGUGUCAAAGGACCGGCGGGAGCGAUGUCCGCCCUCGCCCUCCUCGACGACGGGUCAACGGUGACUUUAAUCGAAAGUCAAAUGGCUGAGAGGAUUGGAGCUGAAGGCGUCGAGGAGCCUCUCAUCAUCGAGGCGAUUGGUGACACCAGGAUAAGUACACCGAGAUCAAAACGAGUAAAGAUCGAAAUAACAGGUAUGAAUAAUUACUCUAUCACUUUAAGUGCUCGAACAGCGAAUAGCCUGAAUAUUUCUCCACAAGCCGUUAGUCCCAUUGAUAUUGUCGAUUGUGAUCACUUGAGAGAAUUUAGAAAUGAAAUUAUAUAUGAAGGCGCCAAACCGACCAUUUUAAUCGGGCAAGAUAACUGGAAUCUGCUUAUAGCUGAUCAGAUUCGAAUUGGCAAAAAGGGACAACCUAUUGCAUCACGAACACCACUUGGAUGGGUGCUUCAUGGGACCAGGACACGCUCAUUAGGUCAGUUAGUUGAUUAUGUAAAUAGAAUUACCGAGGUUAAUUAUUGUAAUAAUGAUAAUGAUAAUGAUUGUGCAAAUCAACUCUUAAAACAAUAUUUCUCAUUGGAAUCCCUGUUGGUCAACCCGAAACGUCCGCAUUCUGACCCCGAGAUGAGGGCAGAAAGGCUACUCCAUGAAAAUACUAAGCGGAGGGAUGACGGCCGCAUUGAAACGUCGCUGUUAUGGCGCCGUGAUGAUAUUGUUAUGCCAAAUAAUUAUGAAAAUGCUUACCGUCGUCUUCUCUCAGUGGAGAAGAAAUUAGACAGGGAACCAGACUUGAAGGUAAGAUACCACGAGGAGAUGAAUGCACUGAUCGAGAAAGGAUAUGCUGAGCCUGCCCCGGAAAACUCGACACCUGGACGUACUUGGUAUUUGCCCCAUUUCGAAGUUCGUACCCCUGCCAAGCCCGGUAAGGUGAGAAUAGUACACGACGCAGCCGCUAAAUAUCGUAAUGUGUGCCUGAAUGAUCAUUUGCUUACUGGUCCAGAUUUACUACAGUCGCUGCCCGGUGUCUUGAUGAGGUUUCGACGCCACCCGAUAGCCGUGACGGCUGAUAUAGCUGAGAUGUUUAUGCAGGUGAAAAUAAGGGAGGAGGAUCGUGACGCCCUGAGAUAUUUGUGGCGCGGUAACGACCGCGACGGGCCGCCACGUGAGUAUAGAAUGUCAUCAUUAAUUUUUGGUGCAUCCAGCUCCCCCUGCACAGCUAUAUUCGCGAAAAAUUGGAACGCGAAAAGGCACGCGGACACACACCCUGAAGCGGUAGCAGCGAUAGAAAAUCAUCAUUAUAUGGAUGACUAUUUGGAUAGUUUUCCCACUGAAGAAAUUGGAAUUGAAACUGCUUUAUUGGUACGUAAUAUACAUAGAGAGGGCCACUUUGAAUUAAGAAAAUGGAAUUCCAAUUCGAAAAGGAUUUUGCAAGCUGUCAAAGGAGAACAACAUACGGAGACGGUCAGUAUAGGUCCGAGCUUGAACAUGGAGAAGGUGCUCGGCUUAGUGUGGAGACCGGAAAGUGACAACCUUGAGUUUAAUCCACAUCUAGCUAGAGUUCCACCAGUCCUAUUGGAAAAUAAAUCCCCUACGAAGCGAGAGGCUCUGAAAAUUGUUAUGUCUCUUUUUGAUCCAUUGGGCUUAGCCUCACCUGUAACAGUGAGAGCUAAGCUAGUUUUACAGGAGGCAUGGAGACGAGGGACUGGCUGGGAUGAAGUCCUUGACGACGACCUGUCAGAGAGAUGGGGCAGAUGGCUGAAUGAUCUCCGAGACGUGUUGCGCCUCACUAUACCACGGUGCUACAAGGGAUACAGCACCGCCGCGAGGAUCGAGAUGCACACGUUCGUCGAUGCAAGUGAGGUCGCCUACGCUGCCGCAGUUUAUUGGAGGAUAACGACCCCAGAUGGUGAGGUACAUUUAUCAUUAGUAUUAGCGAAGGCACGCAUAGCACCUGUGAAGAUAAUGUCCAUCCCACGUCUCGAGUUACAAGCUGCUGUACUGGGAAGCCGUCUUGCCGCCUCAGUUUUAGAAGAACAUCACAUAGAAAUAGAAUCGAAAACUUAUUGGACUGAUAGUAAGACUGUGUUGACUUGGAUAACAUCAGGAUCGAAAUCUUAUAAGCCUUUCGUAGCUCACAGAGUCGCUGCCAUCGAGGAGCAUACAGCAGUGAACGAGUGGCGUUGGGUACCGAGCCGCCUCAACGUGGCAGACAUCGCCACACGAGAGACAACCCCCUCCUUCACGCAAGCCAGUCCCUGGUUCACCGGUCCUGACUUUCUACGAGAGGGUGAGGCUACCUGGCCUCACGAUAAGCCACCGCAACUCGAGAUCACCGGUGAGGAGAGGACCAUGAUACUUACCGAGGUAAGAGAGAGGGCGAGAGCCAGCCAGGCGAUUCCUGACCCAUCACGUUUUUCGCGGUGGGAGAGGCUACAGCGCGCCACUGCUCGAGUAUUACAAUUCUUAGCGCUCUGUCGAGUUGAGAGAACACACUACAAAAGGACUAUGAAAAAAGGCGAUCAAGACCCUGAUUGGAAGAAAACAAGCGCACGUCGAGUUUCGAAACAGAGACCUGUACUUGUUUAUGAUAACGAUGUUAAAAAUUUUCUGCCCUUAGAUGCUUUGUUUAUUCAACAAGCGGAGACUUUGUUGGUACGGGCGAGCCAGGAGGAAACGUUCCCUGAGGAGGUGCGGGACGUAGAGGACGACAAGGUGGUAUCUUCACAUAGCCGACUACGUUUGUUACCCAUAGAGAUGAGAGGUAAACUUUUAUGUAUACGUAGUAGAAUAGCAGCGGCUGAAGAUAUAUCGGAACCGACCCGCAGUCCUCCUGUGUUAGACGGGAAUCAUAGAGUGACUCGUUUGUAUAUAGAUUGGACACAUCGCUCUCUACAUCACGGGGGAGUGGAGAUGACCAUAAACGAGAUACGUCAACAUUAUUGGGUCAUCAAGCUACGCACGACAACGAGGUCUAUUGUGAAGAGCUGUUUAAUGUGUCGUAUUAGGAGAGCGACACCUCCAGUGCCUGCGACUGGAAAUCAUCCGAGAACGAGACUUGCUCAUCAUCAACGUCCGUUUACUUUUACGGGCCUCGAUUAUUUUGGACCGUUAUCUGUUACAGUGGGCCGCCAACACCAAAAGCGCUAUGUAGCGCUUUUCACCUGCCUGACCACUCGGGAAGUCCACCUCGAGGUCGCCGCCAGCCUGAGCGCCGACUCCGCGAUCCUCGCUUUGCGGAGGAUGAUAGCGAGGCGAGGCUGUCCGUCUGAGAUUCACUCAGACAAUGGGACCAACAUGCACGGAGCCGACCGAGAGUUGCGACGCGCGCUUCAAGAUGAAGCGUCGCAGCGCUCCAUCACGUGGCGAUUCAUCACGCCCUCUGCGCCCUUUAUGGGGGGUGCAUGGGAGCGCCUAGUAAGAACCGUGAAGACUGCCCUGCUGAGCGUCCUACAUGAGAGACAUCCGAGAGAAGAGGUCCUCGCUACUCUGCUCUGUGAGGUAGAGUACUCCGUGAAUAGCCGACCUCUCACGCAUGUGUCGGUAGAAGCCACAGACGAUGAAGCCAUCACACCUAACCACUUCCUGUUGGGUGGUUCUGCUCGUGUCCCACUGCCUGGGACUUUCACCGAAAAGGAUAUAGACCAUCAACUACAAUGGAGGAGAGCUCAAUACUUAGCCGAUCUAUUUUGGAAGAGGUGGCUAAAAGAAUAUUUACCAGAGCUACAAUACCGGCGGGAGCCACAUGGUCGGGGUCCUUCCAUACAACUCGGGGACCCAGUCCUGAUAGUAGAUGGACAGCUUCCGCGCAACACGUGGCCGCGAGGCCUCGUGGUUGCAGUCUACCCGGGCGCUGACAACGUCGUACGAACAGUAGAGGUCCGCACAGCUGGUGGACUUCUAAAAAGGCCCGUUAAGAAGUUGGUAUUGCUACCAAAAUGAUCGCUCACGCAGAAGAGGACUGCAGAGCCCCGACGAAUCCGAACUCUGCACGGCGGGAGAAAUGUUCGCGAUGAUUGACUUUUUUCUUCUUAGUGAAUGACAUUAUAGUGUAAUUUAUAUUAAUAGACGAUCAAAAGUGAAAUUUUGUUUGGAAACCUUGUUAUCUUCAUUUAAUGUGUAUGUUAGAGUGAGACGCCAUGCGUAAUAGGGACAAAGAAUCGUGAUAGAAAAGGACCUAAAGAGCAGGACAGACUACAGAACUUGUGAUUGGAGGAAAAUGAUUUAGAUUAAGUUUUGUUUUUGUGCUAUUUUGGUAUCAUUUUUACUUAGAGAUGUAAGGUUUUUGUUGGAUAAUUAUUGUUUUCUAUACUUGAUCACUUGAAAUAAUAUUGUCAUCUGUAGUUUUAAGUAUGCACUUUUAAAUAAAACUUGUCUUGUUCGUGUUUUUCAUUUACCUAAAGAAAUACAUUGGAAAAAUGAUCCACUUUUAAGGGGCUUCACCCCAAAUAGUCAUGAAAAUUCUGUAUUAGUAAAACAAUUUUAAAGAGAAAUGUUAUUUAUAAUGUAUAUUAAUUAGGAAAGAUAAGGAUCAUCGAUUUAGGAUAGUUUUUGUUUGCAUAUUCUUAUUAGAAAAAUAAUUGUAAGAGGAAAUAUGUCGAUCUUAUAAUGAAAAUAAAGAACAGAGAAGUGAGGCACAACUAGGAGUAGAGUAGGUACGUCAUUCAUAUAUAAGGAUGUCAUUUCCAAGUAAUCGGGUCAGUUGGUUCCUAUCGCGCGCGCAUACUCGACGUCUCCAGGCUCUCCUGCGGUGCCUCGCUCCUCAGAAUUUGAAGAUUUAGCCUUGUGACAGCGAAACCGAACAAUAUUCGGAUUGCGCCAACGCACAUUGUGGAAAUCAGCUAUGUUCUACGAAAACGCUAGGUGUUUUCUGUCCGUCUGUAACUGCAUGUGACAAAGGCUGCCUUUGCAAGUUUCAGUACUUGAGAAACGUAAACGGGACCUGCGUACCUGAAGAAAAGUGUUCCAUAGGGCCAUAAAGCGAUGAAAAUGAAGAGUUCACGCCGUGCAAGCAAAAACUUUCCAGACCAAAUUAUUGCGGUGACGUCACCUCACCAUGCAACCCAGAAGACGUUAAGGAUAAUGAUUGUUCGGCCGAUUGUGUUUGCAAAGAAAACUAGGCAAGAAGUACGUCUGGUUUCUGCGUGCCUUUAAGCGAAUGCUGACCUGAAAACUUACAGUUUUUUUUAAUUUAAUUACAUUACAUACAAUAAUUUGUAAAUUUUAAUGUCAGAAAAUAAACACAUUUUUGAAGUA